AUGUUCAAUUCUUUUGAAGGCAAUUUUAAAACACGUCCAAAGAUAAAUCUUGGAGGCCAGAGAGUGCAAGAGGAUAAGUCAACUCUUAUAAAAAAGAAUAAGGAACAACGUCGUGAACGAGAUAAUGAGCGUUUGCGUCAGAAAUCAGCUGUAAAAAUACAGGCAUUUUAUCGCGGAAGAAACGUAGCUGGAAAUUUGCGCAAUAAAGAGCGUGCAGUAUGGGAUCAAAAAGCUGAAUCUAUUUUUCGUGCUGCUCAUAAUAAGUGGGAUGUAAAUGCCGCGACUUCUCUGGUUGAUCUUGUGCGCAAUUUUCUCUUUUUUUAUCGUCCGAACCACGAUAUCCAACGGGAACUAUGUUUGUGUCAGAUUUUGCGGAUGCAGAUGUUUGAUGUCGAAACAAUAUUUGUACCAUUUUAUUACGAAGAUUUACGCCAUACUUGGUUUCAUCAAUUGAAAAAACUUCUACUUAUAUUUCUCAAAAGUGUCGGAUCACAAUAUAUAUAUCGCGAUACCGAUAUAGUUGAUUAUUUAAAUAUUUUACUUUUGGCCGUAGAUGUCAAUAAGUAUAGACAAUUAGAAGAAGGUGGCAGAAGAAUAUCAUUGGAACUCCUAAAAUACCUUGUCAGUCAUGAUUUAUAUCUUGAAUUAAGAAACCAGUUUAUAAGUUUGGCAAUCGAAAACAAAGAUAAAAAUAAACAGAUGAUCAUACUGAUCGUAAAUCUCUCUCUUUACCCAUUCCAAAUCAUACCUACUUCUGAUCCUUAUGAUGCUUUUGCAUACGAAUCUUCUCUUAAAGAUUUCAUCACAUAUAUUUUUACCAUACCGCUAUUAGCGGACCGCAUUGAAGCUUUGGAACUUCUUUCUUCACGAAUGCCAUUGUACGAUAUCAUAUCGGCAAUUGCCCAAAAUGAUUGGAAUGCUGAACAAGGAAGUAUCUUGUUGACUCAACUAUUUGACGGUCCUUCAACGUCUAUUUUUGCUAAUACCGGACCAACUACUUGCAGACAAGACGACAUCAAAUUGUCCGAAGAACCACAAAUUGAUCCGAGCGUUUUAAAAUCGAUUUCCGUAUUAAUCGACGAACAACAUUUGGAAUCUUUGUUGGCGUUUGCGAAAUCUAGAGAUGUGAUGGCUUUACUCAAAAUUUCAUACUUUUUAACAACUUUGAUGAUUCGCUGGCCUUCAGAGAAAUCUGGCUUGUUAAGUAAAAUGGCGUACGGGAAGCUCUCCAUAUCAGAGAAUAAAUUAUCAAUUAAUUUAUUAUUUGAAGUGUUCAAAAGUACAGAUCUUGCGCGACUGUUGUUAAAUAGUCAACCUCUAUCAAAUAGUUUCAUUACAGAUACCGUAUUUGUUGAACAGUGGGGAAUGUUUUACCUGCUUUGCGAGUUAUUUAGUCGAAUUUUACUUCCUAUGGACGAUUACGAAUUCUUUGAUGGAAACAAAAGUCCUCUAAAGUUACCGGAGAUCAUCGAAAUGUCUACCUAUUUAAAGAAUAUAGCUUUUAUUUUAUAUUGGAACAGUCCCCAAUUAAAAAUAAACAACGUUAUCGAAGGUAGUUGCAUUAAACCCAUUUAUCUUCGAGAAGUUGCCACAAAGUUGUUAAAACAGAUCCAUGCAAGAGAUUCUCGUCGGCGAUUCACACCAGAACGUCACUGGCUAAUGACAUCUGAAUUUGAUAUGAGCACUUUUGCCAAAAAUGUUGUCGCCGAAGAGCAAGAUCUUGAAAGAGAAAAUGAUAAAGUAAUUAUGGACAAGCGACAGGAAUCCGUUAGUCCGCGCCUUGGAGUCCUUCACAAUAUUCCUUUUGUGAUACCUUUUGAUGAACGUGUUAAAAUUUUUAGACAAUUUAUUCGUAAUGACCGUGAGCGCCAUAUUCAUGCCAUAUUUGAACCUCGAACACGUGUGACCAUUCAUCGAAGUAAAAUAUUCGAGGAUGGAUUCGACCAACUUAACGCCAUGGGUGCCAGAUUGAAAAAUCCUGUUGCUAUUCAAUUUAUUGACGAAUUUGGGAUUCAAGAAGCUGGAAUAGACGGUGGUGGUUUAUUUAAAGAAUUUCUGACCUCAUUGACGCGGAUAGCUUUUAAUACAGAGUAUGGGUUGUUCCUUAGUACAAAUGAACAACUUUUGUAUCCAAAUCCACAUAGUUAUGCGCGUCAUGAAACGCAAUUACGUUACUAUGAAUUCCUUGGUCGCAUAUUGGGAAAAGCUUUAUAUGAAGGAAUUCUGGUUGACGCGGCUUUCGCUGGUUUUUUCCUGAACAAAUGGUUGGGAGAGCGGUCAUAUUUGGACGAUUUACCAUCUGUUGAUCCAGAAUUGUAUCAAGGCUUGGUUUAUUUGAAAAAUCAUAAAGGAGAUGUAGAGUCUGAUUUAUCAUUGAAUUUUACUGUAGUAGAUAAUGAGUUUGGAAAAUCACGGACUAUUGAAUUAAUCCCCGGAGGCAGUGACAUUCCAGUCACUAAAGACAAUAGAAUUAACUAUAUUUAUAAAAUGGUCAAUUACAGGUUAAAUGUUCAAAUAGGUUUGCAAUGCCAGGCAUUUUUUCGCGGUUUAAUAGAUUUAAUUGAGCCUAAAUGGUUGAAAAUGUUUAAUCAGCAAGAGUUACAAAUUCUUGUGGGAGGGGCGUACAUUCCUAUUAAUAUGGAAGAUUUACGACAAAACACUGUGUACGCUGAUUACAAAGAGGACGAUCCCGUCAUUAUCAAUUUUUGGAAAGUCGUAUCUGAAUUUUCCGAGGAACAAAAGCAAAAAUUAAUAAAAUUUGUUACAUCUUGUUCUCGACCUCCUCUUCUUGGUUUUAAAGAACUGAACCCAAAGUUUAGUAUACGUAAGGCUGGUACUGGUGCAAGAUUGCCAUCUUCAAGUACAUGUGUAAAUUUGCUUAAAUUACCGGCUUAUCCGGAUGAAAACACUCUGAGGCAAAAAUUAUCAUAUGCCAUUAAUGCUGACGUUGGAUUCGAUCUUUCUUAA